UGUGAUAAAUUAGCGUUAAAGAUGGCGACUUACAUAGACGGCGAAGAAAAUUUUCCGGACGACGAAAAUGGACGUUUUAUUCCUCAUUUUGGUAUUGGAGGGAUGUGUAUUGCAUUUGAGAAGUGCCCAUUGUGUUUCACUGCAAGAAGGCCGUUUACAUGUGAAAGAUGUUUGGAGAAUGGGGAUUUCAGUCAUUCAUCAAGCAAAAGUUCCACCGAGUCGGAGACUGACCCGCACCCGGAGGAGAGGUAUUGUGAAAAACUUGACAGACUUCUAAGGCUGAGAAGUGAGAGAGACAGGUUGUUGUCAAAACUUGCCAAUAGACUUAAGGAGAGGAAUUCAGUUGCAGAUAAGCAAUGGGAGGUAUCACUCAUGAAAGGAAGGUUAGAAUGGACUCGAAUGGCAAUACAAGAUGAAAGAAUCAUGAUGGAAAAGGAUAAGCAAUCAUUAAUUAAACAUCUGGAUGAACUAAGAGCUGUAAAGGCAAAGAGAGAAGAACAUAACAAGAAAGUGCUCAAAAUACAGAAAUAUCUAGAGCACAUUAGAACCAAUAUAGACAGCCGUAAGGAAUCACUGGAGGAGAAAAAUGAGCAACUGAGAACAAAGAGGCAGGCAAAAGUAGAGCAGCUAUUACAUUAUGUAUUCCCCAUCACUGAAAUACAGCACACGAGCCCUAGAGAGGAGAGUUGGCAGGAGGAAGUACGACAGAUGUCUGAGUCUGAAGCUGAUGAGAAGUCAUCAGAAGAUGAGCUAGUCGCCGCAUUAGCUGAAGCCAGAAGGACAUCAUAUGUCAGAGGUCGCUGGGUAGAAACUAUCAACAAUGGAGAAGCACAUUAUAGUAUCGUCCAUCCGUAUGUCAGGGUACCAGCCAAUGGAGAUUACUCUGCUUAUAUAGCAUGUACUCUGACAGGUGAGACUGAUGUCCCUGAUCCCGAUGCUGAAUUAGAUCUUCAGAAUCCUGGACAUCAAGUAUCAGCAGCUCUAUGUUAUACAGCUCAAUUAAUAGCUCACCUUGCCAAUACAUUAGAUGUUCCUCUAGUUAGGAAGGUUCAUUUUAGUCGAUUCUGCAAAUCUGAACUCAGUCUUCGGGAGUUUUCUUCAGCAGUUGAGAAGCUCAAUAGUAGUGUGCUCUUCCUGUGCUUUAGUCAAGCUAUUCCACCUGAUAAGCUUCACCCUCAUUAUACGCUGAGAAAUCUCAUUACUAUGGUAGACAGCAAACACCAACAUUAUGGAAGGACGGGUGAUUUUGAGAUUCACAGUGACCUUCUCCUAGCCACAUUAACCACACCAAACAUGACCAGCAUGCUGAGUGGAUCAGGUAGUGAGAGCCAACAGGAUUCUCCUGAUGAUGAUGGUGCUAGCAUUGGAUCAGCAGACCAAGAGGAAUGGGAAACAGUUCCAACGACUCUACCCCUUCUCCCUCAAGCAUGCGGUGGAGUAAGUGAGGAAGGGAACACCCCCUCACCGCCAGAACCUAGUCCUUCAAUGAUGAGUGCUUCCAACUUGCCACAAGCCCCUGGUGGUCUGGUAUCAUCGGCGGUAGCAUCGGUUGCAUCACUGUGGAGAACUGCCACUAGUCAACUAGAGAAAAGAUGAUGAAGGUACCAAGGGGAGGAGGUAAUACUCUCCUUUAUCAUUCUUUUGUAAUACAGUUUAUUAUAAUCUGAAAUGUGUAUGAAGUGAUUCCAUAUGUGCUGCAAAUGACUGUUAAAGAGAAAUGGCUUGGUAAAAUGCAGGAAUAAUUUAAAAUUUGAUACAUUACAUUUAAAAUGACUCUCUUUUUUACCUUCUGUUUGAAGAAGUUACUUGAUGAGAGAGGAUUUUCAGAGUGAAUAGAGAAUAUGCCCAAAGACCUACAUUUACAUGCAAUACACAUAUAAUAUUUCCCAUCAAUGCACACAUUACACAUGCAUAUAGCAUGUCACAAAGGAAUUUGCAGGUCAUGCACAUAUUUUCUGACAUAUGAUAUACAGGAUACUGGUACAGGCAAUAAAUCAUCACAAACAUCACAUUAUAAUGAAAAGCUCUUCAAUGUAUUUAAUUCUUUCACAAAAAUUCCUUCUCUGAAAUUUGUAAAUGUAAAAAAGUAUAUGAAUGUCAAACUGAGAAUUGAAUUGAAAUUGAGUAAGUGAGCCUCUUUAUGAUGACAUCGGUCCAAUAGGGUUCAUAAUUUAUGUUAGUGGGUCAUCCAGUCUUGGAUGGAAGACACUUCUGACUAUUUCUCUUUGAUUGUUGAGCCAUUUGCAGUAUAUCUGAAUUCCUGCCAUAAAUUAAAGUACAUAAAACUGUUACACAUAACAUGUUUAUUGCAAUUUUUGUGAUUGAAAAGUCUAGAGAUUAAUGUGUUUUAAGAUUUAGACCAUUUGUAUUUUAAUUAGGGAAGCUUACAAGUAUGGCACAAUCAUAGCAGAAUUAAAUUCAAUAAGUUUUUGUUCUGUUAUUUAGCUUUAUGUUUAUUGCAUGUACUUGAGCUUUACAUAUGCGGAUGUGUCAGCCUUCUCUGUAUUGGCUUUGAUGUACCCUGACUGUUGUGUGGUGAAUCUUCAAGAGAUUGCUUUGUAAAUCCUGAAAGGGGAGAUGGGGCUGGUAUUCCUCAACCCCUACCCCUUCCGGGGAGCAUUUCACGGAGGGAAUUGUUGGAUAUUUUAUCUGACAAUUAUCCCACAGAUAUGAUGGGAACUGUGAUUCUCAGCCAAUCAAGAUAAAAAAAGUUGUCAGAUCCAACAACUUGUCGGACAAAAAGGUUGAUGAACUCUCCUGGAUCCACCCCUGAAUGUUUAACAUCAUUCUUUUUAUUAGUCUUGAAGAUAAAUGUCAGUUGUAGUACUGAUUUUAGAACAAGGUUUUACAGAAUUCAACAAAUUGACCACCCAGGUGUUGGUAUGAAUAAAUAAACUAGAAAUUUGACGUGUCCACACACAGAUGCCCCCGCUUCACGCGAUCAGAAAUUCAAUCAAUAUGAUUUAACUUAUUGUCGUGCAGAAACCAAUAUGCAUAUAUAUAAUGAACAAAUUUAGACCUUUGAACCAACUCGCAUAUAUAAUGAGCUGUGACCUUUGAUUUGCGGACUCCGAAUUCGAGCUGUAUUUUGGUGUCAUCUACAUACACACCCAAAUUUGUUUAGAUCUGUUGAAUCUGUUGAAUAUUUCCUAAGUUAUCAUGCGGAAACAACUCGCAUAUAUAAUGAGCUGUGACCUGCAGACUCCGAAUUCGAACUUAGCCUGUAUUUUGGUGUCAUCUACCUACUCACCAAAAUUUUUUUUAAUCCAUCAAAUAUUUUUGGAGUUAUUUCGCUGACACUAACUCGCAUAUUUAAUGAGCUUUGACCUGCGGACUCCAAAUUCGAACAUAGCCUGCAUUUUGGUGUCAUGUACCUACACACCAACAUUUUUUUAAAUCCAUUAAAUAUUUUUUAAGUUAUUGCGCGGAAACCAAGUGGGGGGACGGACGGACUUUGUCUGCGGGGGCAUAAAAAAUCUAUGCCAAAGGAUUCCAGGAGAUAUUUGUAAAUGCUUAGAAAUUAGCAAAAGAAGCAUCAUCAUCAUCAUCAUCCUAACAUCAAAUAGUUAGGUCUUUUUCCAAACAAUAAUACUCUGUCCCACAUGUUCUUAUCUGGGUUGGUGAUCUUCAAGGUAAUUUUUGUCCAGCUUAGAUUUCAUGAUUUCACAUAUGUUGCUGUACCAGAGCUAGAACAGGAUGUUAUAGUGACCAUUUACCUUCAGUUGGUUGGUUUUACAGACUUUCUCGUGAAAUCAGUGUUUACUGCAACUACUUUCUUUAUUACUUUUAUUAGGCUUCCCCAUAGAAUUAAUGGGUAACAUGCUGCACUUUUAAAUUUAUUCUUGUGCAAUUUGGAGUUUAAAGCUGAAAGAACUAUGGAUUUCUUUCCAUUGUAUUUCAUCAGUGUUAUGGAAAUACAGUUGUAGAAAUCAUAUUCUUAACAUGGACGAAAUGUUCUUGUAUUUCUAACUUCUUAUAUUUAUCCUUAUAUUGCAAGAAUUAUUGUGUGUAUGUCACUUACUCAGUUAAUAUAUUAUUCUUGUGUUGAAUAGUUAAUACAUGUAGUUCAUAUACAUGUACUGCUCCUCAAAUUAAUAAAUUUCCAGCUAGAAAAAGAUCUUGAAUAAAUAAAGUGCUUGAGAAAAGUUUGGAAUGAGUCUAACCAAUGUGAAUUGAUGUGUGUGUUAAAAGGUCAGAAACAAAUGUUUUGUAAGAAAAAAAAAGAAUGGUGCUAUGCAUGUAAAGGUAUUUCCAUAUAAUUUAUAUACUACAGGUAUUUUGGUAAUAAUAUUGAUUUUUUUUAUAUUAUUGUUAUUAACUCCUUGCAACUUUUGUGAUUCAAAAUUUUGUAAAAACUGUUAUGAAGAUAUUUGUUUAAAAUUUAAAGUCACUUCUGUUCACUUUAUAGCUGAACAGGAUCCUCCCAGAAAUAAUCUACUUUGUCUUGGUGGCCUUUUCACCAAAGCUAGUAUGUCUUGUUUUGUGACAUAUUUGAAAGUGUGUAAUAUAACUAUAAAAAAAACUUAAGAACGUUAAGAUUUCCCAAAAUGGAAAGUUAAAGUCCAUGUGAAUGAUAAAUUUGUUAGAGAUGAAGAGAAAAAUCAAACAAGCCAAACAAUUAAACAAAUCAUCAAAAGCUGAUGUAAAGUAAGAAAUCUAUAAAAUUUGAAUGUUUUGCUUUAGCAGUUUUAUACAUAAAAAAUAUGCAAAUGGGAAAGGUGGUGAUAUCACACAAUCACUAAUUUUUAUUGUAUUUUAUCAGACAAAAUAUGAAAUGUAUCAAAAUUUUCUUCAUGUAAUUUAAGAAUUGUAAUGCAAAAGCAUUUGACUGCUCUUUGAAUGUAGAUUGGCCCAUCAGUAAAGGGCUCAUUUAUAUAUUUUUUUAUUAAUUAUAUAUACUUGAUCUGUUCUUUUGCAUAUCCCUUGUGAUGUAACUAUUCUGUGAAAUGUAAGCAAAAAAUUUCAAGGAUAUGCUUGCUUUACUCUUCUCUAUCAACUUUCUUUAAGGGUAACCUUUAGAGGUCAAGUCCACCCCAGAAAAAUGUUGAUUUGAAUAAAUAGAGAAAAAUAAAACUAGCAUAACGCUGAAAAUUUCAUCAAAAUCUAAUGUAAUAAUAUUUAAUGAAAGCUAUGACAUUUUAAAGUUUGGCUUAUUUUUUCACAAAACAGUGAUGUGCACAAUUCAGUUACAUGCAAAUGAGACAGUCGAUGAUGUUCUUCACUCACUAGUUUGUUAUUGUUUGAAUUAUGCAAUAUUUCAUUUUUACAUAUUUGACAAUACGGACCAACAUGACUGAACCAUAUAGUGUGAAAUUAUGGUAAUUCCACAUGUUCAAGGAUUUGACAAUGGGGAGAAAAUUAGAAUAUUUCAUAUUUCAUGUAAUGAAAUACAAAAGAAAUAGUGAGUGGAUGACGUCAUCAGUCUCCUCAUUUGCAUACCGACCAGGAUGUGCAUAUAACCAUGUAAUAAGUCCAUGAUAUAACCGUUUUGUGAAAUUAGGCAAAACUUUAAAAUGUCAUAUCUUUCUUAUUUUAAAUCCGAUUUUGAUGACAUUUUCAGUGUUGUGCUUGUUGGAUUUUUCUCUUUCCAUUCAAAUCACGUUUUUUGUUGGGAUGGACUUGUCCUUCAAAUAUCAGUUGUAUGAUGGGGAUACAAACAUUAUAAAGUAGCUCAUUUUCAUGUAUUUAUAUGAUGUGAUAAUACUCUAAUUAUUUUCUGAAGUGAUACUUUUAGUGUAAAGGACCUUAGGCCAUUUUGGUUACAUUAGGUUCGCUUUUACACUUAGAAACAUACAAAUGGAUGGAACAUCACUGGUCAUAUUAAAUGAUGUCCAAUAUUGAAUUAAAUGUGUUAUGUGCCUAGGAUGUCAUAUACAUAUUAAGUACACGAAAAGAACAAUGUUAGAAGGUUGUUAUUGACUUGUAAAAGGUUUUUUUUUUUAAAGUACCAGUGCAGAGCUGCCAAGUAGUAUGAUUUUUCCGUAUUUAGUACGUUUUUGCAACCAAAGUACAGCAGUACGUUUUUUGUAUUU